CAACAUUAUGAUUUGUACAGAAUGUGCUUGUUCUAUUUUUAAACAAAAGAAAACAAUCUGAAGUUGUCUUUAUUUUGAAGUUAUCCUGCCGUGAUUUUACCAGUCUUACCCACUUGGGAGUAGAUUUUUUCUCCACUGAUCCACAGUAAUAUUCCUUCACAGCACACUUUGUUUUGAACUCCACUGCCAUGGUGGGCGGACGCAGAACGGGAGAGAACGUGAGAGGCGGAGAGAAAAGUGGGGGUGGCAGAGCGAGAGAGCGAAAGCGAGAGAGGGCGAGAUCAUCACAUCACCAUCAUCCGAUGCGAGUGAGUCCUGCGUGGAAUCAUGUGAGCGUGGAGAGCAGGGAUGGACGUGCGGAGCUGCGACUAUGGAGUGACACAGCUUUUUUUUACCGAGGGAGUCAACGUGAGAGGACCUGAAGUCUUGUUUGUCGGCGUCCUUCUGAAGAUACUUCACCUGGCAACCAUGGCGGCGGGUCUCCACGUCUAAUCACCCAUGCUUACCUUCGACCUCACCGUGCUUCUGGCCGCGCUGCUGUGGGGGCCGCCGGGGUCCGAGAGCCAGAACGACACGGAGCCCAUCAUCCUGGAGGGGAAAUGCCUGGUGGUCUGCGACUCCACGCCGUCGUCGGAGCCCGCCGGCAACGCCCUGGGCAUGUCGGUGCGCUCGGGCAGCGGCCGGGUGGCCUUCUCCGCCAGCCGCCAGACCAACCACGAGCCCACAGACAUGAGCAAUCGCACCAUGAUCAUCUACUUUGACAAUAUCCUGGUGAACGUGGGCGGUCAUUUUGAUCAAGAGAGCAGUGUCUUCCUGGCACCAAGAAGGGGCGUGUACAGCUUCAACUUCCAUGUCGUCAAGGCCUACAACAGACAGACUAUUCAGGUCAGCUUGAUGGUCAACGGCUGGCCCAUGAUUUCGGCGUUUGCCGGGGACCAGGACGUGACCAGGGAGGCGGCCAUGAACGCCGGCCUGGUGAUUAUGGAGAAGGGCGACAAAGCCUACCUCCGACUGGAGAGGGGUAACCUGAUGGGCGGCUGGAAGUACUCCACCUUUUCCGGGUUUCUGGUCUUCCCCUUGUAAGAAGAACCAGGGCGGUGCAUUUUUUUGCAGUUCUUUAGACGGCGCAUGUGUCACUAUUUCGUUUGUUUCGUAUGACUGACGUUGGGAGUCGUGCAAAUUGUGAAGUAAGCAUGUGCAUUUGUGGCCGUCUUUGCCAGGACGUGGUGUAACUUUCGAAACCUUUUAGUUUGUUAUGGCUGCUCUUUUUUGACAUUUCUAUACACAACCCAUAUGGAAUUCAACAACAUGACGCACACGUGUUUAGGGAUGAUGUUCGAAAUCGGUUCUCCUGGUUGUUCGAUAAGAAAAGAACCGAUUCCAUGGACUCGAAUCCCUUUUUGAGAACCGGUUCCCGUUAUCAAGGCCACUAUAGUAAAGAAAAAGAGUUGGUUCUUUAUUCGAAUCCCUGGGAACCACAGGAAAUGCCCUGCGGGACGGCAAUGUUAUGCCCAUUUGAUUGUAGACUCUUACUGACACCUUGUGGCGAUAUGAAAAUACUACGCGUCAUUAGUUUGGGCACUUCCGGGUUGAGACAAUUGAGAAGUAGACAAGUUGUGUUAGCUCCUACAAGCCUUGGAAAAGAUAAGUCUGUAGUUAACUAUUUAACUUGUUUAUGUAACUCAAUAUUAAGGUGGAAAGUGGUUAAGUUUGAUACUAAGAUGUUUAUUGAAAAAUGAUUUUUGUGCACUGUUUCAAUGGAUGUGUUGAGGACUUAAAAUGGCUCCCAGUCAUAUAUUUCCACAAUAUGCAAUUAUUCUUCGCUCUCAUGUAAGCAGGGAAUAAUUGUUGAUUGAUGACUGUGGUGUUCUUAGUGUCAUAGUGUUAGUAUGUUCCAAUAGCAGCAGGAGUGCACUUUUUGAAGAGCUGUAUUAUUUUCAGUUUUGUGCCCAAGGGACUGAUUUUAUUUAACACUAUAUUAUUAUUUAUACACCUAUAGUGAUCACAGAGACAGGUUGUUUUUGUGUUACUGUAUAUAUUUGUUUUUCUGAAAAAUCCCACUUAAUAUACUUUGGGUAACAACAGUCAAUAUUUUUAUUUACUUUUUUCUAGGGGUAAUAGUCAAUAUUUAUUUAUUUAUUUUAUUUUUUUCUUAUAAAAUAAAUUUGUUAAACCAAAUAUUGUGCUUUUUUCCAUACACAACAACCUAUCUGGAUUCGAUAAGAGAAUCGAUAAGGAAUCGUUCCGAUAAGAGGAUUCGAUAAUGGGCUCGAACCUGAUAAUUUCUUAUCAAACAUCAUCCCUACACGUGUUGUCAGAAGUGUCCAAAGUAUGUCUUUUUACGGCCAAAAUACUAAGAAAGAACAACAUAAAUAGUGAAAUAAAACACCAAACAGGUUAAAUGUAAGGAUAAAAUGUUGCAAUAUUGACAAAAAUCCUGUUUUUUUUUACUUUAAAACUGGCAAAAACUUGUUGUUAUGAAUUAUCGAUCAACUCAAGGCUCCAAUUACUUCACAUUAAAUAUUUUUUGAAUAUUUUUGGGGGUAAAAUAUUGCAUAUUUUGUGUGUUUUCCAUAUAAAUAAAAGAAGGUAAAAACAUUUUUAAAAAACCUCAUAAUCAAUAGAAGGAUCUGAAGAUGAUCUAGACCAGGGGUGCCCGUUACGUCGAUACCGGUGUCGUGGGAAAUUCUUUAUCCCUGAAAUAUUUAGUAUCCUCUACCGGGGGCGGAGCUCUGUGCCUUGUUCAGACAGCGGCAGCACUUUCGUUUUGGUUCACUAAAGUUAAAGUUAAAGUAGCAAUGAUCGUCACACACACACUAGUUGUGGUGAAAUGUGUCCUCUGCAUUUGACCCAUCACCCUUAUUCACCCCCUGGGAGGUGAGGGGAGCAGUGAGCAGCAGCGGUGGCCGCGCCCGGGAAUAAUUUUUGGUGAUUUAACCCCCAAUUCCAACCCUUGAUGCUGAGUGCCAAGCAGGGAGGUAAUGGGUCCCAUUUUUAUAGUAACUUGUUAACAAAAAUGCUUCUUUCAUAAAUAAAUAAAUAUAAAUUAAAUAUUAUAUUUUAUAUUAAAUAUAAAAAACGUGUGGGUACCCCUGGUCUAGACAUUUAAAGGUAUUGAUAUGGGACUUAUUUUUAACACUUUUUGUGAACCUCUGAGACUUUAAGUUAGUUUUUUUUUUAACUGACAUCGCUCUAAAAACAAAAAUUCUACCAAAAUCAAUGUUAUUGGCUCCACUUUUAACCUUUUUAGAGGGUAAUUUUGCAUAUUUAGUGUUUUUGCCAUACACAACAUGGUUUCCUUUGACAAAAAAAGACCAUAAAAGAUAAUACACAUUUAAACUUGUAACUCUGAAGUAAAGUUAGAAGUUGAAAAAAUGAAUAUAUGACUUAUUUUCAACACUUUUGAACCCCAGGGACCUUUAGUCUUUGAUUGUUGCUCAUAUUUUUGCUUAAAAAAUAAAUAAUGCAUUAAAAUCAA